AAUCUCGCGCCCUCCGUUCGCUGCGCAUUAAUCAAGAAACGGACAAAUCUAAGGAAUAUUUCCGGACCAAUAACAAUAUAUUAUGGGGCUUAAAAACUACUGGAAAGGAUUCAGAUUUUAACGGUGUUCAAAUAUACUUAGAAAUGGGCAAGAAACGCACCCGUUCGGGAGUAUUUAGCUCCCGGAGGGCGCGAGAUUCGAUAGACAAGCGCUGAUAUAUGAAAUGCAAGAAAGAAAGUCAUACCGCAUAGUUUAUAGUCUAUCUGGUUCCGGGUGUUGGACUUGACAGUGAUUUUGUGUUGUCUAGCCUUCUAUAAAGGGAAUGCGUCCGCGUCCCGAAACGAUCGUCCCUCCGCUACGGUGACAUCGACGAAGGGAAAAAUAUGGAAGCCACUAAUUAUCCGAUCAGGCUCGCCAUGUCAUUACACCGAGAGCCGGUGGGCGUAGGUGAUGCUGUAGAUGAUGUAUAUAAUGUGGGAUAGAGGAGCGAAGAUCGGCGUAGCUAGAAGAGUAUAUACGUAGCAGCACGUGCAAGCUGAAUCGCUACUCAAUUAGAUAAGCCACGACCAAAUAUGAAGCCAUCUUCACUCUUGUGGGCCUACGCGGCAACCGGUGCCCUAGGCGCAUCAUGGAUUGCGCCGGGUGCUGUGUGGUAUGACACCGAUGGGAACAAAAUCGAUGCUCACGGAGGAGGUGUCGUGAAGCGUGGCGAUACCUUCUACUGGGUCGGUCAGGCAGCUAGCAACCAAACGCCGAACUUGUAUUCAUCCACUGAUCUCAUCAAUUGGAAGAACCUUGGGAAACAGGCGAGCUCUGUGACUGGAAUGUGGCGGCCAAAGAUAGCAAAGCCGAACGGUUCGUUUUGGUUAUAUGGCCAGCAAGACCGUUAUGUUCUUUCCCUAAAGUCGGCAAACUUCGUCGGGGGUUAUGGCCAGUCAGCCAAGGUUCAUAUCCCGCCAAACGACUACUCCUAUUCGGAUACUGGAAUGUUCUACGACGAAGACGCAGACACAUGGUUCCUCCUAACCAGCGCCGACCACAAUGUCGUCCAGGUUAACCGCAUCAACAAGGACGGUGCGCUGGGGGACAAAGUUUCAGAUCUAAGAAGCGGAGCAUACGAAGCCCCAGGCAUAGUGAAAGCCGACGGUGUGUACUUCUUGAUCGUCUCGGGGAAAACUGGCUGGCGUGCCAACCCCAACAAGGUCUUCUGGUCAAGUUCGAUUAACGGCCCUUGGGCUGGAGGAUCGGAUAUUGCUCCACAGGACCAGAACACCUACGGCUCGCAGAACACAUUCGAGUUGACGGUUAAGGGCUCGCAAAAGACCACCUAUAUUUACAUGGGAGAUGCUUGGGACUCGAAAGGGGGAGCGAGCUCGAACUAUGUGUGGGCACCCCUGAACAUUAAUGCCGGAUCGCACUCGGUUCAGAUUGACUACCAUUCGAUGUGGAAAGUCGAUGUUAAUACCGGAGUGGUUUCUUACCCUAGCACCCUGAAGCGCUACGAGGCCGAGCACGCCGUAUUGUCAGGCAGGACAGUGGUGAAAGAUUGCAACGAGUGUCUAAGCAAGCGUUCUGUACACGGACUGGGUGAUUCAAGCGAAGUAACCUUCCACAAUGUCACCGGCACCGGAUCCCGUCAAUGGUUCUCUUUCCACUACCGAGUCACCAACCCGGAAGCUGGCGAGGCUCACAUAUUUGUCAACGAUGAGCCGGCCGUCAACAUCUCGAGCCUAAACUCUCGCGCGGGAUACCACACUUCUACUCCGGUCCAGCUUACUCUGAAGCCUGGUGAUGUGAACACUAUCACGUUUGGAGCAACAGGCUCCGACGGAUUCGAAGUUGCCGUAGACGGAAUCGAGCUCUUUGAAGAGGAUGAGGAGUGAAGGCUGUGAAGUAACGGUUUGCUGUUUCAUUAGAAUGAUAUCGGUGAUAUAAGAUUCGUAGU